ACUUUCUUCGUCCUAGUUUUUGACAUGCACUUCAUUUAUCAUGCUGUCCAAAAGAUCUGCAGCCUUUCUUCUGAAAAGCUUGAACAGUUCACAAUUAUCCAGUGAAGCAAUUAGAAAUGGAUUUGUUGGUAUGGUAGGAAGGACUCCUUUAGUAAGACUUAACAAAGUUAGUCAAGAAACAGGUUGUGAAAUUUUAGCUAAAGCUGAAUUUUGUAAUGGUGGAGGAUCGGUAAAGGAUAGAGCAGCAUUGUUUUUAAUUAAAGAUGCACAGGAAAAGGGACAGUUAAAACCAGGUGGCACAGUAGUUGAAGGAACAGCUGGCAACACAGGAAUAGGUCUGGCACACAUGUGUUUUGCCAUGGGAUACAAAUGUGUCAUUUACAUGCCAAACAACCAGUCACAAGAGAAAAUAGAAAUGUUAAAAUUGCUUGGUGCAGAUGUACGGCCAGUUCCAGUUGUACCAUGGACGGACCCAGACAAUUACAAUCAUCAGGCUAAAAGAUUUGCAGAGAGUAUAGAGAAUGCUGUUUGGACCAAUCAGUUUGAUAACACAGCAAACAAAAGGGCUCAUAUAGAAACGACUGGCCCUGAAAUCUGGCAAGAAACAGGUGGUAAAGUGAAUGCUGUUGUCUUUGGUACAGGAACUGGUGGAACAUUGGGAGGUGUUGGGACUUACUUGAAAGAAAAGAACCCCAAAGUACAAGUAUAUCUAGCUGACCCACAGGGUAGUGUUUUAUAUAAUUACUUUAAGCACGGAAAAUUAGAACGAUCAGAGGGAAGUUCGAUAACAGAAGGAAUAGGCCAAGGUCGAUUAACAAAUAAUCUAAAAGAUACGCCAAUCGAUGAUGCUUUCCUGAUAAAAGAUACAGAUGCAGUUGAAAUGGUAUUUCGCCUGUUACAUGAAGAAGGAUUUUUUGUUGGUGCUUCAUCUGGAUUAAAUGUAGUAGGGGCAGUUCAAGCAGCUAAGUUGAUGGGGCCAGGCCAUACAAUAGUUACGUGCUUGUGUGAUACAGGACAGAGAUACUAUGGAAAGUUAUUCAGUAGGAAGGUCCUUCAAGAAAAAGGUUUGCUGGAGGCAGUGCCAUUACCGUAUAGAAGUUCAUUACAUGGAUGACAUAUUUAUACUACCUCGACAUUGCAAUACAGUUACAAGUGUAUCUUCUUAUCACAUCUUUAGAUUUAUAUUCUUUGUUUCAAAGUGUUAUUGUUUAUUGAAGACCUUGGAGCUUGUUAGUGUAUUUCUGAAAGAUAUUUGUUAUUUCUUUUUCUUUUUUUUUUUAGGGGGGGGGGGGGUAUGAACAAUAUGACUUAGUUUAUCUUACAGAGUUACUUUUUUCAAUGACAUAGGUUUGCUGGAGGCAGUGCCAUUACCGUAUAGAAUUUCAUUACAUGGAUAACAUAUUUAUACUACCUCGACAUUGCAAUACAGUUACAAGUUUAUCUUCUUAUCACAUCUUUAGAUUUAUAUUCUUUGUUUCAAAGUGUUAUUGUUUAUUGAAGACCUUGGAGCUUGUUAGUGUAUUUCUGAAAGAUAUUUGUUAUUUCUUUUUCUUUUUUUAGGGGGGGGGGGGGGGGGUAUGAACAGUAUGACUUAGUUUAUCUUAGAGAGUUAAUUUUUUCAAUGACAUUUGAUUAAAAAAUUACUAAGAAUAUAAUAUUAGGUAACAUUUCAACGAUCUAAUUUGAUUCAACAUGGUAUUUCCGUAAUGUGAAAGUUUAAAUCUAACUUAGAUUGGUUAAAACCGUAAAACCGACAUGGGAUAGGUGUUUCUUUGACACAAAAUUUUAAGAUAUAUAAAUGAGAAUAGCCAUAGGCGGUAUUGAAGAAGUUCAGAUGUACUCUUAAAAUAUCACUAGUAAUGACAAGAUAACGAUAUAAGUUUCAUAUGCGGGAGUUUGCAAUAAUCGAGCAACUCAAUGGUUGUAUUUUACAGAAUAUUAUAAAUGCAUAGUAUAUCUAUCAUUCUUUAUUUGUUAGAUAAGUUAAUUAUUUUAUACACUUAUGUAUAUCUCUUUCAUAGUAAUAUAUAUAUAUAUAUAUAUAUAUAUAUAUUAUAUGUAUAUUAGAAAUAAUAAAAAAACUACAGCAUUAUA